AUGAGUGAUUCAAGUGAGGAAAAAGAGAGUAAUGUGUCAAAGGAGGCGAGUAAGGAAGCCCAAGAGGAAAUGAGGAGUGAUGAAAAAGUGCAAGAGGAGGUGAGCAAGCCCAAGCUUCCAUAUCCCCAAAAGUUUUUGAGAAACAAAAUUGAUGAACAAUUUGGGACAUUUCUUGAUAUGCUUAAAGAAGUUCGUCUUUCAAUCCCUCUUACCAAUGCCAUGACCCAAAUGCCUAGAUAUUGUAAGUUCUUUAAGGAAAUUUUCAGUGGCAAGAGAGAGUGUAAUGAGAUAGAUUCAGUAGAGGUUGGGGAAUGUUAUAUUGCUUUGAUUAGUAAUGACUUACCCAAGAAAAUGAAAGAUCCGGGUAGUUUCUCCAUCCCUUGCAAAAUCAAUGGAAAGUUGUUCCAAAAUGCUCUUUGUGAUCUUGGUGCUAGUGUGAGUAUCAUGCCUUAUUCGGUCUUUAGAAAGCUUAAGCUAGGUGAGCUUCAUCCAACCAAUACGACUUUGCAAUUGGCCGAACUAUCUAUUAAGUUUCUAAAGGGAAGAGUUGAGGAUGUUCCGUCCCCUCAAGAUAGGAGAGUUCACCAUUCCGGUUGA